AUGAUUGAAAGCAGCAAGGUGAACAAGGUGCUUGCAAUCCGAGUGGUUCAGAGAUCGGGGAAGACGGUUUCGCUAGACAGCCACAGUUAUACAUGCCUCUGUCCUUCAAUAUCUCAUCCGUCUUGUCCAUCAUCAUCCUCGUCACAUUCACUCGUCAAGGAUGUUUGUUCAAAAUAUUACCAAGAGAUCGGAGCAGAGAUGAUUAGCAACCAGCUGAUUAUUAGAUUGGAGAAAGAUAAAAACAAGUCAAAAAAGAAACGGGAAGAGUGGGACCCACCUUGCGACUGCAUAGAAAUUCAAAGGCCGACGAGCAAAACAGGCCCGAAAAUAAUCAACGCAGAUUAUGACGAUCGCAUUGUAUUUCGCGUUCACUCGGCAUUCCGUCUCCACGGAAAGGAAGAUCCUUAUAAAUCGCAAACUCUCGCCUAUAAAAUCGGAUCAUGCAGAGAUGGACAGGAUAUUCACCAAUGCAAAACCAUUACUGUCUAUCCUCAAUUUAGCUCCGGAACGCAAGAAGUAUAUAGCGAUCAUAUAACAGAGAGCACUCAGGAUAUCUUUUUACUUAGAAUUAAAAAGAAAGCGGAAUACUCUGAGCAGAAAGAUAGGAACGUUGAACUUGAACUCAGAACACCUAAACCACCUUCAAUACCGCCACCUGCACCUGCACCUGCGUCUGCAUUUGCAAUUGCACCACCUCAAACCGUUACCGCGGUAGAUGUAGAAGAUGAAAAGAAAUCGGACGUGAAAGAGGAAAUUCCAAAGCAGCCGACAAGCGCAAAAGAAAGAAAACACAAACGAAAGAAGAAAGGAAAAUUAUUGUCAGCUUAA